AUGGAUCCAGUAACUGCUACGCAUAUGCAGUCUACCAGCGAAAAUGAGACUUGGUGCCCGGGUCCAUCUCUGUGGAGCUUGAUUGUUGAGCAUGUCCCACGGUCUGAGAUGCCCAAGAUCCACGCAACGCUGGGCUGCUUGCUGGUUGACACAUACACAGAGCUCCACGCAGAGGCAAUCAUGUGGCACAAAAUAUGGCAGGAUGGCCAGCAGGUUGCGGCUCCGCUCCCCCGACCGAGAAGCUCCUUGGCCGACCCGCCGGUUAUUAAGGAGCUGGUGAGGGCCGAGGUUAAGAUGCUGCUGGAAAAUCUCCAAGAAAAAUUCAUUCGGGAGGGAAGGCACGAUGAGGAGUUUUUAAGUCGUUACAACGAGAAGACUGUCAACUUUGCCCUGGGUCGCCUUGAAAUUCGUGCCGAGCCCGAAGAUAAACUCAGCAUUCGUCUUCUUUCCUGAAGGUCUUCCAUGAACUCAAAUGCUGAAGGAGAGAUUGAGGCUUUGAAGGACAAGCUAAAUAUCACUGACAUCGACAAAGUGGUGCAACAUCUUAAGUCGAUUCUGACUGAAGAAUGUGCCACGCUAAAAACCCAAGUGAAGCACAUACAGGAAAUGAUCAAAAAGCAGUGCAGGAUUCAAAGUGAAAGUUUCGAUAGUGAACCGACCCUUGCAGAGUUGAAAGAAUUGAGAGGAGCCAUUCAAAAAGAUUUUCAGCUUUUCCCCUCGCCUCCGUUGCAUGUCAGAGAAAAAGCAGUGAAGCCACCAUUCAGUCUCUCAACAGCACAAAGAAGCUCUGAUAAAUCCUUGUCCACGUUAACUUCCACAUCCCUCCGAAGGCCGCGUCCUCCCUCCACUCCCCCUCACACGAACAUUUGCGGCCCUCUAAACCUGAUCGACGACUCGGAGACCACCUCAAGGACUUCUCAUCAGCACAGAAAUGCCUCGUCGGCUUCCCGUCACAGGAAAGUCCGUCUUAAACUCGUAUCCAACGAGUCGGUUGUAACGGAGCCUUCGCUCCCAGUGGAAGAUGACUCGGAUUUCUUCUGGCAGCUCCUCACAACCCCUGAUAGCUCACCUUUCUUCCCCUCACAGUAUCUCCAACCAGGGUAG